GGAGGAGGAGGAGGUGGAGUCUGUCCCAGCCUGCAUCUGGCCCGCUCCCCUCUCUGUCACCCCGGGCCAAACCCGCCCAGCUCCUCUCACUCACUCUCCGCCUGUUCUCCCGCACGGCACGGCUCGGCUCGGACGCACACAGCAGUCACACACAGACCCACACACACACGGCGAGGACGCGGAAUGGAGACGGAAGGGAGCCAGAGCAGCCUGUCCAGCACGGACUCCCCUCACGACCCCUGUAAAAUGUUCAUAGGUGGACUCAGCUGGCAAACAACACAAGAGGGUCUGAAGGAGUACUUCUGCAAGUACGGCGAGGUGAAGGAGUGUAUGGUGAUGCGAGAUCCGGUUACUAAGCGCUCGAGAGGGUUUGGAUUCGUCACCUUUGUUGAUCAGGCCGGUGUGGAUAAAGUUUUGGCCCAAACUAGGCACGAGUUGGACUCAAAAACAAUCGACCCAAAGGUUGCAUUCCCUCGCAGAGCUCAGCCCAAGCUGGUGACUCGAACCAAGAAGAUCUUUGUCGGAGGCCUGUCAGUGAACACAACCAUCGAGGACGUCAAACAGUACUUUGACCAGUUUGGGAAGGUUGACGAUGCCAUGCUCAUGUUCGACAAGACCACCAACAGACACAGAGGGUUUGGUUUCGUGACGUUUGAAAACGAGGAUGUGGUGGAGAAAGUCUGCGAGAUUCACUUCCACGAGAUCAACAACAAAAUGGUGGAGUGUAAGAAAGCUCAGCCCAAGGAGGUGAUGUCCCCCACAGGCUCAGCCAGGGGGCGCUCUCGCGUGAUGCCCUAUGGAAUGGAUGCCUUCAUGCUGGGCAUUGGUAUGCUGGGUUACCCAGGCUUCCAGACUGCUACCUACACCAGCAGGAGCUACGCUGGCAUCACUCCUGGAUAUACCUACCAGUUUCCUGAGUUCCACUUAGAGAGGACUCCCCUUCUGACUUCACCCCACCCCCCUGAGCUCACAGCCAUUCCGCUCACAGCGUAUGGACCAAUGGCAGCGGCGGCGGCGGCAGCAGCAGUAGUUAGAGGCGCCACCCCGUCUCGCACAGCAGGAUUUUUAGGUACGAGCAGCCCAGGACCCAUGGCAGAUCUUUAUGGAACAGCCGGUCAGGAGUCAGCUGUCAGCAGUUACCUCAGCGCUGCGAGCCCCGCCCCGAGCACUGGAUUCAGCCAUGGCCUGGGGGGUCCUUUGAUCGCCACGGCCUUCACCAACGGCUACCACUGAGACCGAAGCUGUUGACUGAGAGCUGGAGGGAGUUGAAGCUGCUUUGGAGCUGAUCUGGUCGGUCUCGGUCCAGCCCACCUCUCCUGCCGGGGCAGCUGAAUCAUCACCCAGCCCACCCUGCUGAUGCCUCACUAAACUCCACCUGCUGAGAAAAAUGAAGAAAAUAGGCGGGGCUAAAUUGUUUCACUACAUGCAAUAGCAUCACUCACUCACACAUACACACAUACACCCACACACACCCACACACACACACACACACACACACACACACACACACACACACACACACACACACGCUGUACUUUUUAGUCAUUUUUCUGUUGUUUUGUUUCACUUCUUUGUUUUUGAUGGCUGCGUUCUUUCUCUAUAUGUUUUGGCUGUUUUUUGGGGUCCUUUGACCUGUGAGGAGAAGAAUCUCCAGGUGUUUGACGGUCUGGAGCUGUAAUUAGUACGGGAAAACUGUAUAUUUGUCAGUAGUUCAUACUGAAUUUAACAAAACAUUUGUGAUUAAUACUAUUUCUUUAAAAUGUGUCACAAAGUGUAUAUCUUGGUAGGAUUUUUUAACAGAAACUUGCUACACUAAUAAUGGUCAUUAGUCACAGUUACAUAAUAGGCUUACAUGAGCUGUACAUUUUUGUAAAAUAUUGUAAAUAUGACUGGUUUCUCGGGGGGGGGGGGGGGGGGGGGGCAACUGAUUUUUGUGUGUGGGAGGAUUUGAAAAAAAAAAGUAACGAUUGAUUCUUUAAUCACAUUUCACGUGUUGGAAAGUCUGACUGUGAUGUAUCCUUGUUUCACAUGGAGGUCAAGAACAUUUCAGAGUAUUUGAUGUCAAUUGCAGACCAGUCAUACACUGUAUUCCUCUCCAGACAUUUGUCACAGAUGUGUCAUCUGCAUUUCAGUUAAAGGAGAGAGGCUGCGUCUGGAAAAAACACUUUACUUUUGGGGAUAUUUGGGUGUGAAAAGCUCCUCAUGCUGUUUUCUUAUUUUGUCAUAUUGUUGUUUUAACUGUGAUUUUCAAUAUGUGAUGAUUGUUUGUGAAGGAAAAUGAAGGACUAGUAUGCAGGGGCAGUAAUGCACAGUUAGCACUGUACAGACUGAUUCACUCUGCAGGUGUGUCGAUUCUUCCGCGAGCAGGUCAUGUGGUUUUCACACAUUGGUCUUCAAUGUGCCAUGUGCUGUCUUUUUGGGGGGGUGGUACCUCAUUUGCAAAUGUGAACUUUUACUCUGACUUUUUGUUGUUAUUUGCAUUAACAUCUCUGUUAAAGUGUGGAUGGUUUUUAAAGGAGGGGUCUCAUUAACUCUUGUUUACCUGUCAUCCCCCCCUCCCCCCCACCUCUCCAUCCCAUUGCUGUGUAUCCACUGGAGGUCACAGACUGUAGCAAUGUGACCGAUACCUUUAGACCAAAACAAUGAUGUUCAGAGCUACUAGGAUGUUGCACUGGCUGAUCACGUUAAAUGUGUUCUCCUUCGAAUGUUAAAUAAAAACAAACAAAGCAC